UUGCGGCGCUGUCCUCCAGUCGCGGCUUGUCCGGCGCGUGGCCCGGCAGCCAUGCAGCCCCCGCCCCCGGGCCCGCUGGGCGACUGCGUGCGGGACUGGGAGGAGCUUCAGCAGGACUUCCAGAGCAUCCAGGAGACCCACCGGCUGUACCGCCUGAAGCUGGAGGAGCUGACCAAGCUGCAGAACAGCUGUACCGGCUCCAUCACUCGACAGAAGAAACGGCUCCAGGAGCUGGCCCUCCUCCUGAAGAAAUGCAAAUCUUCCCUCCCGUCGGGGGCUGAGGAGGCCGCCCAGGAGCUGGAGAACCAGAUCAAGGAGCGCCAAGGCCUCUUCUUCGACAUGGAGGCCUAUUUGCCCAAGAAGAAUGGGUUGUACCUGAGCCUGGUUCUGGGCAACGUCAACGUGACCCUCCUGAGCAAGCAGGCUAAGUUCGCCUACAAAGACGAGUACGAGAAGUUCAAGCUCUACCUCACCAUCAUCCUCAUCCUCAUCUCCUUCACCUGCCGCUUCCUCCUCAACUCCAGGGUGACAGACGCUACCUUCAACUUCCUUCUGGUCUGGUAUUACUGCACCCUGACCAUCCGAGAGAGCAUCCUCAUCAACAACGGCUCCCGGAUCAAAGGCUGGUGGGUUUUCCAUCAUUACGUGUCUACGUUCCUGUCAGGAGUCAUGUUGACAUGGCCUGAUGGCCUCAUGUAUCAGAAGUUCCGGAACCAGUUCCUGUCCUUCUCCAUGUACCAGAGUUUUGUGCAGUUCCUGCAGUAUUACUACCAGAGCGGCUGUCUGUACCGCCUGCGGGCCCUGGGCGAGAGGCACACCAUGGACCUCACUGUGGAGGGCUUCCAGUCCUGGAUGUGGCGGGGCCUCACCUUCUUGCUGCCCUUUCUUUUCUUUGGACAGUUCUGGCAGCUUUUUAACGCGCUGACGUUGUUCAGCCUGGCCCGGGACCCUGAGUGCAAGGAGUGGCAGGUGCUCAUGUGCGGCCUCCCCUUCCUCCUCCUCUUCCUCGGCAAUUUCUUCACCACCCUGCGGGUUGUGCACCAGAAAUUCCACAGUCAGCGGCACGGGAACAAGAAAGAAUGAGGCUGGGCCUUCCCCUGCCUGCAGGCUCGGCUCCCUAUGGCACCCCGGCCCGGAAGGGCUUCUGUACCCCAUAUGUUGAGGGAGUGGGGGGCUUCCCUCAUCCGGGAGGGUCUCCCCUGGAUUUUGUGGGCUCUGUGGGCCCCUAACGUUAUGCUGGAGAGGAAGACCUGGGCCCCAGCCCUGCGGGGAGCUGGGGCCAGCGGCCUCAAUAAAGGGAGAGGCACA